CCCUGGUUGGAGAGCGGCUCGGAGCUCCCAGCCCCAUCCAGCCAGAGCUGUCAGCCCCUGUGUGAGCUCCGGGGCUGCAGAGCUGCCUCAGCCGUCACUCUGUGAGGUGGAAGAAGAGCCCUGGGCCCCACGGUCCAGCAGGGGGCUGCUCAUCCUGGCCGCAGACCCAAGCAAGAGGGAUGGAGGAGGAUUCCAGCCGGACCCGGAGCUCCUGACUCCUGCGGAGGGGAGACCGGCCGAGUGCUCAGCCUCCAGUCCAUGCGCCGCCGGAUCAGACUGGAGAGUCACUAUGAGAUGCUGCGCCUCUAAAGACCACAGACUACCCUCCACAGCCCACAGAUGGCUUCAGCCUGGCACAGCAUGGCAUCAGGAUAUGGACACAUCAUGUCAUCCGCAGGAAAACCGGACCCGUGUGCGGGAUGUGGGCAUCUGCUGGGGGCAGCCAUCUCUAUUAGGACAGUUCCUGAAAAGAAGAAUGGUUGUGCCCUUCAGGUCCGUGCCCAGCUCUCCCCUGGUUGCUGUCCUCGUCAUGCUGAUGCUGCUGUCCUGGAAGACAUGUGAAGCCGGAGACCUAAACUUAUUUUCAAACAGCACUUUUGAUGACAUCAUCAGAUUGAAAAACCUGGAUUUCUCUGCUAUGAGACGUACCACACGGGAGAUCCCAACUGACCUCCAAGGAUUGAGAGACAGUCUGAAUGGCGGCCACCACUUAAACAUGCAAUGGAAAGGGAAGAUCUGGCCCUGUGACGUACUACUCAAACUGUCUCGACAUGUUUUAAUAUCUGCUUUAGGACCCAACCUAGCAUGGAGUAUUUUUCCUUAUGACAGCUGUGACCAGGAUUUGAUGCCCACAGAUACUCUUAUUAGCCCUUUGAAACUCUUGCAAGUCAAUGUAAAACCAAUGCUGCUCCACAGAGUGCUCCGAUUCCUAGGAGAUCUGGGAUUUCUAGUGGAGACACAACAAAGUAAAGCGCUAUCUCUGCUUAAGAAGAAAAUGUACAAGUCAGGAAAACCAUUGAAGGAUCCCAGCAUGCUUGACAGGUGUCCUGAUAAGAAGCCUUAUCUCAUCCCUUGGCAUCCUGGCCAUGAUGGACGAAGGUCAGCUGUUAUAGGACAUGGUGUUGCCCUAAGGCUUGAAUCUUCAGCCACCUUCCACUCUCUGUUAAUUCAGGACGGAGGAUCUUUAGUCUUUGCAGAUGACCAUAUACCAAUAACUCUAAGAGCUCAGUAUAUCUUAAUUAAAAAUGGUGGGUCUCUACACAUUGGCUCAGCCAAAUGUCCCUAUAGCUCUGAUGCAACCAUAUCUCUGUAUGGAAAGUCCACCGAGGGGGAUGACAUAGGUGACUUUGGGAAGAAAUUUAUUGGUGUAGAUAAAGGAGGAAUACUGGAACUACAUGGAAGAAGACCUUUAUCUUGGACACAGCUAGACGCAAAUCUGCAUCCUGGUGGCCUCCCUUAUGGAUCAUACAAAUGGGAGAAACACUGGGGAAGCCGUGGUAUCAAUGUAAGGAUUAUUGAUCCAGAGACUGGUCAGGUUGAAGCUGCUGAAAGGUUUGAUACCCACAUGUUUCUGGAAGAAGGAAGGAGACUGGAAGAAUUUUUGUCCAGACAGAGUCCUGGUAAGGUGGUGGCGGCAGCAGUGGGAGACUCAGCUGCAAAGAGUUUAAGUCCAGAUGUGAGAAGAUACCUGAGAGAAGUCCUAAGCAGCAGAUACAUCUAUCAUCUGGGCUACAGACAGCCAUGGGCACUGGUUGGUACCCUAGGAAAAGGGCCAUUAAAAGUAAACGAGGACAGAAAACACUAUGAGAGCAAUGGGACCACUGGACUAGCAAUUGCAAGCAGAGAAUUUCAGACUUACGGAGGCAUGCAUUUUACAGUUACUGCCUAUAGUGGUUGGAUUAAAGGAGUUCCGCGGAAUGGGUUCCGAGUGGCAGUGUCCAGGGGCAUCAUCCUGACAUUAGCGGAUGAUGUUACAAGCUGGUUGCCUGGUAACAGGAUCGUCAUCGCCAGCACUGAUUACUCAAUGCACCAAGCCGAAGAAUUCACUCUGCUUCACUGCCCCGAAUGUAAAAACAAUCAGGUCAAAAUUGAUGGGUACCCCCUGUAUCUACAUGUUGGAGAAGUAAUUGAUGGCAUUGAUAUGAGAGCAGAGGUUGGACUUCUCACUCGGAAUAUUGUUAUCAAGGGGGAAAUGGAAGCCUCUUGUUAUGGUCACAACCAUUGCCAGUUCUUCAGUUAUGACACCUUUGGGGGCCAAAUUAAGAUUCAAAGACACUUCACUUCAGUUCACCUGUCAGGAAUAGAGCUCACCAACAUGGGGCAGCAGAUAUUAGGAAGUUACCCAGUACAUUUUCAUAUGGCUGGAGCCGUGGAUGAAGAAGGUGGAUACAACCCCUCAACAUACAUUGAUAAUCUUGCCAUCCAUCACUGCUUUUCCAGAUGUGUCGCCAUUCAUGGAACUCAUGGUCUCUUGAUAAGAGAUACAAUAGGCUAUGACACACUUGGCCAUUGCUUCUUUUUGGAAGAUGGAGUGGAGCAAAAGAACACCUUCUAUCAUAAUCUUGGGCUAGUCACAAAGGCUGGCACCAUUCUGCCUACUGAUCGCAAUGAGGCCAUGUGUCUGGAAAUGCGGGAACAUGUUUAUGGAGAUUAUAUCCCAGUGCCCAGUACAGACUGCAUGGCUGUCAGUACAUUUUGGAUUUCGAACCCUAAUAACAACCUAAUUGGGAAUGCUGCAGGUGGAGCUCAGGAUGUUGGUAUAUGGUAUAUAUUUCAUCGAGUACCGUCCGGUCUUUCGGAGGGCCUGUAUCCAGAAGGGCAUUCAGAAUUUACUCCCCUGGGAAUAUUCCUCAACAACAGAGUUCAUUCUAACUUUAAGGCUGGUUUAUUUAUUGGGAAAGGUGUGAAGACAACAGUGGCAAGUGCAGAAAACCCUAGGGAAUAUCUAACAGUAGACAAUGCUCGUUUCCGUCCUCACCAGGAUUCAGACCCAGCCAAGCCUCGAGUGCCUGCUCUCAUUGAUAGACUCAUAGCCUUUAAGAACAACGAUCACGGUGCAUGGGCCAGGGGUGGUGACAUCAUCUUCCGGAACUCAGGGUUUUCAGACAGUGGAAUUGGACUUACACUAGCCAGUGAUGGGACAUUUCCAACUGAUGAAGGAUCAAGUCUCGAGAUAACAGAUUCCAUCUUUGUAGGGGAAAGUGACAAUGUAGGCUCCUCUGGUGGACAGAACAGCUACUGGGGACGCGGAGGGUCAGGUGAACAGAGGUCGCUGCCACGGAACAAGACAUUCCCAAUUCGUGGAUUUCAGAUAUAUGAUGGGCCAGUCCGACUUCUCAGAUGCACAUUUAAGAACUUUGUCCCAACUGCAGACCGACCUUCCAGUGCUAUUGGAUUUUCUUUGAAGAAUUCCUGGCAAAUCACACCUCAGAAUAACAUUUCUCAGGUCAAGAUGGAGAGAAGUGUUGGCCGUAAAGUGUUUUUCGGUCGCCCAGGGCAGUGGUUUGGAAAUAAUGACUAUGAUGGUGACAAGGUCUCAAUUUUCCAUGACUUGGAUGGUUCCAUCACCGGGUAUCCUGAUACCUUUGUUGGACGAGCAGACAACUAUCUUCUGCGGCAUCCGGGAUGUUUGACAGUGCCACAGUGGAAUGGCGUCAUAUGCACUGGCAGAUAUGCACAGCUGUAUAUCCAGGCCCGGCGCCCCGAGAACCUGACAAUAUUGGUGGCCAGAGCUGCUUAUCCUUCACACCCAUUGAGGCUUGCGGGUGUUAAUAAAGGAGCACCAUAUCAGCAAUACCAGCCAGUGGUGAUGCUACAGCAAGCCUACACAAUCCUAUGGGAGGGACAGUCACCUAGAGAAAUUAUAUUGCAUCCAAUCAAUUUCAACAGAGGAGAUUGGCUGCAGAUUGCUUUGUGCUACCCUAAAAGUGCAGUAUUCCAAGUCAUGGCGGACAUCUAUGAACGUAACACCGGACGUGUACACAGCGUACAGCAUUAUUCCAUGGCAUCCUCUAUCCAUCAGGCACUGAAUAAGUCAGCCAAUAGACUGUAUCAUUUCAGUAAGGAGUCUGGAUAUCUCUUCCUUCAUCUUCAAGCCCAUGAAGAUCGUAUUGGGCAUAGCUACUGUUCUCAGCAUGGUUGUGAGAGAAUUAAGAUCACUGCCCAUUUUCGUUCAUCUGAUUACACAGAGUGCCCCCCUAGACCAUUCCCUGGCAGAGAAAACAAUGACCAGUUUACCAAGUUACAUGUGUCGCAACGACUAGCCUUGCCUUGUAGGCAAUGUGGAGCUCCACAGAUUGCUAUCAGCAGCAGCCCAUCACUUAAAUACACAAAGGUACAGGUGCAAUCCAUCCGCCGGGAGGAUCUUUUAAAUGGAAUGCAAACGGCUUUCAUCAAGGUUGAUGAGGAACUUUUCCUAUUUAAAAGGAGGGGUCUUUUCUUCUUGGUGUUGGAUGCUUGUUCAGGAGAAAUUGUUGGCAAGAGACAUUUUGAAAUGAUCAAUGAUGUAAUGACAACUAAGGCAAUCUCAAGUUACAUUCAAGUAUCGAUGAAACAGAGAUCUGUGGUUCUCAUUUGCUCCAGAGAUAUUUUGGAUACUCCCCCAGGUUCUGAAAUGUCUGUUUUUACCAAAGCAGGAUCUGCAAAACCUAUAGCACUUUAUGAGAAAGGUAGCUUUGCCAUGGUGGGAUAUAAGGGACUCUCCACCCCAUCCUGGAUCAAAAUCAUUAAUAACAGUCCUGAUAAAAGAGCGGCAUCCAUACAACUUUACUUGCCAUUGAUGUUGACUGAAUACAGAUGCCCAGUUCUAAAAACUUAGGGAUGAAAAGACUAUUCAUCUGGUGCCCCCUCACACUGUAUUCUCUGUGGCCUCCAGAGACUACAGUUGUCCACCUAACCUUUACCCUCAUGACCGGUAUAUGUCCUUCUGACUGCUCCAUUCUUUUUAGCUCACGAAAAUGUGAAGAUCUAUAGAAGAGACAUGAUGCCUUUUUUAUACAGCCAUGUGUUUAUAUUGUCCAUUAAAUAAAUGUAUUUUCUUCCUA